AUGGAUCCGACACUUCUGGUGGGUGAUAUCGUCGAGAAGGACACAAAACCAGUGAAGCCUGUCGUAUUUGACGACUUCGAUGUCACCCCGACUGGGUUUCCAGCACACAAGAAACGCACUCGAGUCUCCGCAUUCAAGCAGCAGCGACAAGGCAAACCAGUUUCGGGUGCUCAGGCUGCAACGAGCGCGCUGGCAGCUAAUGCCAGCGAAAACCAGCAGUCUCAUGGUGCCGAAUCGUCAAGCUCUAGCUUCGAGGCAGCAGAGCGUCGGAGGAUCGAUCGCGAGAAUAGGCAGAAGCUGGAGGACAUGACACCCGAAGAGAUCGCAAAGGAGAGACAAGAACUGUUGAGUUCCUUGGAUCCCUCGCUUAUACAACGACUGUUGGGAAGAGCGAAUAUAGAUGAGCAACACGGGCCGAAUCCCUUCGACCCUCCCUCUACAAAUGAUGCCAAGGCAGACAAGCCUCCAGCUCCCCCACCCGAAAUUAAAAUCGAAGACACCGCUGCGCCGCCGAAGCCUCAGCCGGCGCCGAAGGCUACGACACCAAAGGACACAAACGCAACCCCCGUGCCAGUCGAUGAGGAUCGAGCCCCCGCCGCUCCUCCUGAGGACCUGUUUCCUAUGAACGAACAGCCCGAUAAGACACACUUCCCGGCGGCGCCUGCUCUUCCCGACCUCGACCCCUCUCACCCUGACUUUCUUGCAACCCUUCAUGAGAAGUUCUUCCCAAAUCUGCCCGCAGAUCCGAGCAAACUUGCCUGGAUGGCUCCCAUUCCGACCGCCCACAGUCCUGCCGAUCGUGAAUCACCAUAUUAUCCUGGGCAAUCCUCCCUUCCCAUCGCUGCCCUUCGUUUCGAUUUCCGCGGCGGGUUGAUUCCACCUCGUUUGAGUAGAUCCAUACCCGUAUCUAAGGGACUGCAUCAUCAUGGCCAGGCGCCGGAGGCAGCGGGUUACACAAUCGAGGAGCUGGCUAUUUUGGCGCGGAGCGCAGUUCCAGCACAACGUUGCGUUGCUUUUCAGACGUUGGGUCGGAUUCUCUAUAGAUUGGGCAAGGGUGAAUGGGGCACCGGAGAAGAAGACAGCUUGGGAAGGGGAAUCUGGAGCAGUAUUCAGGAGGGAAGGGUGCUGGACAGUUUGGCAGAGGCGGCCAUUGCGGAAGGUGGACACAGAGGAAGCCGCGCAUAUGCUACGGAAGCCCUGUGGUUAUUUGAGAAAGGCGGUUGGAGAGAGCAGUGGUCUGGUCGAUAA